UUGCGUGUGUGUCGGCGACUUGCAGCAUAAACUGUUGCUGCAUUCGUUAUCGUCGUCUUUCUUUUUCGACCAUUAAUUUCAAAUAGAUGUACAUUAUAGAUAAAAAAGAUUGAAUUAUCUAAUUAUAUUGCAAUAAAAUGUCAGGAUAAUGAACUGCUAAUUGAUCGACGUCACGGCAUCAACAGGAAACAGAUCGGUUGUUGAUAGCAAUAAUAUCGAGGACGGAAAGUAGGGCCUGGAGCAUUACAGCAAAUGCACAGAUACCAUGCCACCAAAACGACCAACCACAUAUGGCAGCCGAUGCCCACCAGCUCACUUCAUGAUGAGUGCGUGCGAUCGGGCAGCUCGACCCUUAAUAAAUCCUGCAGAUGGACAGUCCAUGCCAUUGAUAAGUGAUGAGUGUUCAACAGCAGCAACAACAACAACAACAAUAACUGGUCGUGGUGUGGUGUCCAAAAAUCACUGCUGUCGCUUGUUACAAGGUCUGCAGGAGCUACGCUACAACUCAACUCUUUGUGAUUAUUCUGUUAUUGCUGAAGGAGAAGAAAUCAAAGUACACAAGGCAGCUAUGGCAGCUUGUAGCGACUAUUUCCGAGUUAUGUUGACUGGUAGUAUGCGAGAAAGCCGAGAGCAGUGUGUGGAGCUCAAAGGUGUCACAGCAGGUGGUCUUAAGGUGGUAGUGGAUUUUGUGUACACUGGAAUGCUGGCUCUGACUAUUGAAAAUGUGGAAGAAGUUCUGUCUGCUGCUACACACCUGCAGGUGCAGAUUGCGGUGGAACUGUGCAGCAAGUACCUGGAGAUGGCCAUCAGUGUUGACAACUGUGUGGACAUCCUCAACUUGGCUGAGUUGUAUACUCUGUCCAGCAUGAGUGCAAGAGCUCGCCAGUUCAUCCUGGAAAACUUUGAGGUUGUGGCUGACUCAGACCAGUAUUACAAGCUGACAUCUAGACAGCUGGCUUCCAUGCUUGCUGAGAACAGUCUGCGGGUGAACUCAGAAUUUCGUCUCUUUGAGCUUGUUCUGCGCUGGAUUAAGUUUGAUCGUGAGGCUCGUCAAUCAUCUGUCGCUGAACUCAUGCGUAACAUUCGUCUGCCCCUAUUGUCGGGAGAGGAAUUAGUUGAAAAGGUCAGCAGGGUCCUAGUGAUGAAGGAGAAUGCUGAAUGCAGUGCACUGCUCACCGAGGCCAAGGACUACCACAUCGUCAUCAGCAAGCAACCGCUGCUGCAAACAGCCCGCACGCAGGUCCGCUCAGACAUGCAGUCCCUGGUCAUGUGCCAUGCCCAGAACCUGGAGUCGUACACAUUUCGCACUCAGCGGCAGGGGUUUUUGAGAGAUGCUACCAUCCCACUCUACAACCCUAGUGUUGUCGUUGUUGACAACUUUAUGUAUGCUUGUGGUGGAAAGUAUGAUAGUACCGAAAACAACGAGAUUGCCACAGCCAGAUGUUUCCGCUAUGAUCCUCGUUUUGAUUCUUGGUUUGAGCUUACCUCGAUGACAGAAGCCCGCAAAGAUUUUGUGGUUGUGGCAUUAGAUGGAAAACUCUAUGCAGUGGGUGGACAAGAUGAGAACAUGGUGAUGUGUACAGUGGAAUGUUUUACCAUCGCCAAAAAUGACUGGGAAAUGCGGGCAUCAAUUUCCAAUUCCUGCUACGGCCAUGCAGGGGCAGUUUGUAGGGGAAAGAUCUACAUCUCUGGAGGUCAGCGUUUUUCUGGCUGCAGCAACAACGUUGUCUGCUACACGCCAGAAGCAGAUGUGUGGGAAGAGCGAGCGUCAAUGCUGACUGGUCGCUGUAACCAUGUGAUGGUAGAGGUGGCAGAAAAGCUGUAUGUGGUUGGAGGAAAUAUAGAGGACAGCUACGGGUUUCCCGUGCCCAUCAUUACAGUCGAGCACUACUGUCCUGUAGCUGACCAGUGGACUCUGUGCCAAAGCACCUGCAAUAUUCGGGAGGCCGGGGCCAGUGUCUUAGACAACAGGGUUUACAUAGUGGGAGGUAUCAACGGCGAACACUAUUAUUCAGAUCUUCUUCAAACUUUUGACCCACUCAAGGAUGAAAUGCGACUUGUAGAAAAGUUUCCCACUCGUAUAUAUGGUCGUGCAUGUUGUAUUCUUACCCUGCCACAGUAUGUCUAACUGUUUCAGAACAUUUAAAAAUCAUCCUAUGAAUUUUUAAAAACAUUUCAAGAACUAGCACUGGCAACAUUCAAAUUAUGUAAGAGGGAUAUACACAUGAGAAUGGUAAUGAUAAAAGUCCCUUUUGCCUAGUUUCUAUGUCUAGUGCAUUCUCUGUUCAUCAUUGGCAGGGUUUGCACAAUUAUAAGUUAUCCAGGUGGCAGAUCCCCAACUUCCCACUAUUGAUUGUUUAUUUCUCCCUCUCCAUCAUUCCCUAUAGGCUGACAUGGGGGUAGGAGAGGGUGAGAUAAAUGUUUCCUGUAACUUAUAUUGUUUUUACAUCUUGGCCAAGUGUAACAGGCAUGAUGAAUUUAAAUGCAAUGCUUUGUUCUGGUCUUGCUUCCAAUGUGCAUGGACAGUGACAUCUUUAGUCAUGUCUUACACAGAUUUUGUGAUUUUGGUUGUUGAAAUGUGUACUGUUUGUACAGAUUCUGGAGAUCUUUUAGCUAGAACGGGCCUGUGAUGAAUGUGUGCACUAGUUUCGUAUUUUUAGUUUGCCCCCACUCACUCCACAAAUGUCCUGUAAAGCAGACAUCCCAAUAUCAAUUAUGAUUAUUAUUACUAAGGUAGAAAGUUUUUUUGUACAAAGGGAACAGUAAUGCUUCUCAGACUACACAAAUGAGUCCAAAGAAUUUACUCACACUGUUCAAAACACUAGUUAUUAAGUCUUGUUAGAAUGUGCCAUAGUCUUGUAGUAGUAGUAGAAGAAGAUAAAAAGAGCACUUAUAUAGCAUAUUUUCUCAUAUGAUAGUGAGCUCAGUGCACUUUAUGCAAGAGAAUGACACAAAAUACUAAGUGGGAGAAUUAAGAUAUGACAGUCAUGUGGAGUGAAAGCACAAUGUAUGCCUAGAAUCUAGUGUUGCCUUUUUCACAGUUUAAGAUGUCAGCUUUAAAUGGUUCAGAUCUGUACUCCAUAAAAACAAUGAUGUCAUUAGGUGACAGAUUUACACAUCCAUUCAAUGCACUGCUUACUCCAAGCUGAAAGAAGUGAAGUGUUCAUUAAAAAGUGCAAUUUGUAUUCCUAUCACGUAAACCAGUCGCCACACCCAUAGAAAUUGUAAACUAUGAAGAAAGGUAAAGGUCAUUUUAGGGUUCAUGGUGUUAGAUCACCUUUCUCAGGACCAGCCUUUCUGAUGAGGGAAGUUCCCAUCUCUCCCUCUUACUGUGGUAGCUUUCCACAAACCUCUAUGGAGUCAGGUACCCAUUCCCAACAGCUUGGUUGACUGGAGGAAGCUGUGCCACCUGGAUAUUGAACCUGCACACCUCUGUGUUCAGAUGCCAGUGCUAUAACAACUCAGCUUCCCGUGACAGUUAUCCAUAGGAUUUGUAUGGCAGCUCUAUUACAGAUUUAACAAAGGUCAGAAGGAAUCUACAUAUCCUUAUCAACAGUAACGUCUCCCCAAAAAAGAAACCAAAACCACUAAGAUAGAAGGGGGCAUUGUGUCCAGUGGCCGGUACGACCAGAAACAUAAUGAAGUCUGGUGAUGGGGAUUGGAGUUUUGUGCCGAGCCACCAACUGUAUCACUGCAGUGCAGCCUCCUCUGUAAACAGAUGCCACAUGCAGAGAAAGAACAGUGUGCCCGAGAGGAGAUCUGAACCCAGGACAGCCAAUUCUUGCUGUAUUGGUGACACCGGACCACCUAAGAGCUGACAGAAGAAAUCAGCAAGACAAAAAGACAGAGCAGUCUCUUCAAGCAAGUUAGGCGAAGAAACAUCACUCUCACUUGUUUGAUUAAGAUAUAGAACUGGCAAUAAAACAUCUCAUUUCUGUCAGUUGGUGAUGUGCUGUAAUUUGCUCAAGUUUGCGGAUCUUUUACCAUGAAGUCAGUUUUUCUGAAAACUUGCUCGAUAAUGCACCAGCAGGCACCUAGGUCCUAUCUGAGUUGGUGGUUGAACUUGUGACUAUAAUCAUCAUGUGACCUUUGGCCACAGCAUGUCAACACAAAGAGGAAGAAAAUUGGGUUCAGGGAGUUAAUGGUUUAUCCAUACACAAAGUGUGAGGACUUUACAGGGUUAAAUUAUGUUGGAACAGGAAACUUGUCUGCAAAAGGUACAUCAGGGCAGCACUUGAAGAUGUCAUUGAACAUCCAUAACAAAUAUGGUAAAAAAAGUAUUUAAAACAUCAGUUUCUCUAACAUACAUUUUUUAUAAUUUAAUUACUAUUAUUUUUUUUACUUUUGCCAACUCAAAGGAAAACGUUCCACCUUGACCGUUUUACUAAAGAGUUCUUAAGACUGUGGUUGAAAGAUAAUAAAGUAUAUUUAUAUAGCAAUAGAUAAUAAAGCAUCUGUGUCAAUGUUGAUAACGAGCACAGAGCUACAUAGCAAAUGGCCAUGACUGUAAACAGCUAAGUAUUAUUGAACACACUACUGCUGCACAUAAGAUUUACAAAAAAGUUAAUCAAUAGGUCUUUUCAAGCCCGCAUGCUGCUAAGGGCUUGUAUUAUUUUAAAAGAGGAUGCACUUAAGUAUUUAUUUAGCAAAAAUGGAUGACAGUAACCCUCUUUAUGGAGGUUUGAAAAAAAGGAAAUGUUUUGCCUGUGGGUGUAUAUAUGUGUGUGCACGAGUGCAAAUGCUGUUAAAAUAACAUAAGAGAAAUGGCCAGUCCAGUUUUCUUGCUCUUUCUUUCUCAAUUAUAAACAUGAUUGUAAAUAAUUUAUGAAAGGCUUGAGAGUGAUGUGAUAGAGACGUAAUGAAGUUCUAUAAAAGGUUUGAGUGUGAUACGAUGAAGAUGAAUGAAACAACAUUGCAUGUCUGGUUCAUCUUCAAAAUACCUGUGGCAGUGUUUACCAUCAUGUAGAGAGGUGCAUAAAUCAUGUCAUAAGAGUGUUCCAAAUCGUCAAGAAAAUUUGCCUAAAAUCAGAACAAUAUAAAAAUACAAAUAUAAGCAAUUUGGUGUCUAGGGUAAAAAAAAUUUUAUUAAAAAAAGUUUGCCAUUUUCUUGUCAUCAGACCUCUGUGACUGCUUUAAUUGUAUAAAAACAUGCAUCAACGAUAAAGGUCAUGAUAGAUGCAGAUGUACUUGAUGUCAUUGCCGUGUACUUUUUUCUACUUUUAAAAGAGGUGUCCAAUAAUUUAACACCUGUCUGAAAAUCCACCAUCAAUUUAAGCUGGUGAUAUGAAAACUUGAAUUUUAUGGACAGGGAUUCCUGGUCUAUGGCAACAUUUACAUACCAAGCAUAGUUGAAAUUUAUAUUUUUUAACUGUAUUUGGAUUCUUUUGCCAAAGUAAAUCAUGAAGGUUUAUUUUCUUCAGAAAAUGAGUAGAAACACAAGAGGAUCUCUACCACUAUUACCUUUUUACAGCUAUCCGAUAUUUCUUAAUACAGAACCUAAAAUGCUAUCAAGAAUUUAACAGAUCCCUUUAGAUGCUUUCAUAAUUUAGAUUAUCUUCUAUUUGGGGAUUUCUCAACCUUUGACCUUUUUGUUUUAAUGUGUCUGAAUGAUUAGUCUUUUCAAAACAUUUUUUUCAUAACUGAUGACAGUUUUGCAUUUUGCCUAUUUUUAAACAGCUGAUCUUUAGGGGUUUUUAAAAAUAAAUAAAUCUGAUGAAGUCAAGAGAUCUCUAAUUUGCAGAAUUCCGCAGACAAAAUGGAAUAAGUUUAUUAUAAAGUUUGUUCCAUCUUAAUGGCUUCAAAGAUCCUGUAUGCUGUAAGAUCUUUUUAAGUGCCUACAAGUAUCUUUUUUUAUCCCCAAAGACAUCUGCAGGCAAGUUUAUUCAUUUUCUGUUCAUCUAACAUAAUCUUAUGCCUCCCUGUUCUAGGCCUCACCAGGGAUUUGGCUUGUGCAUGUAUCGAUGUAUCUCUAAAUAUUAGCAGAGAAGAAUCGGCCAAUAUCUUGUGAGGCUGUGGAAGAAAAGAAAGACACUAAAUCAUUUCAUUUGGAUGCCUUGUUAGAGCAACAUGUUGUGAGAUCUACCCCAAAAGAUCUGUGCAACGUUUUUAAGUUUUAUGCCUGCCAAGAAAUAAAUGUUGUAGAUUUACUGUUUGGAAUCUUUUGAAGAAACAUUUACAGUUACUUAGAUGACAACCACAAAAAAAAAGUUUCCACCAGAUGCUGCUUACCCAUGACAAAGAGGCACUCUCAAGCACUGAAGUCACAUCCACCUUGUAAAAGUACAUACGCACAUGAUGAUAAUACAUCGUUGAUGCCUGAUGAUCAUAAAUGCUAACUUAAGGAAAUUGUUUAAGCAUCUGUACAUGCUGUUCCACAUUGUUAAUAUUAAUGACUGAGCCAAGGACAUUAAAGUGGUGGAGUGUCUGUACAUUGCACUGGAAUUGGCUGCAAAAUAUCAGUGCUAAUUUCAUGAACUGUGACAAAUCUUAAUCCACUUGUUGAUUUUAUGUAUACAAUUUCCACUUAUUUAUUUCCUGUGGUGAGUUGAUUUUAGCAAUGUCAUGUUCUACAUGGACAAAUAAAAUGGUUUAAAUGAU